AGUCCAGUCAUCGUUUCAGUUGGGUGUAUUUCAUCAGCGCGUUAGCACCGCAAAAUCAUGAAGUUCCUCAAUCGGAUAAUCCUGUGCAGCGCCUUCCUGGCCGUGGCCAGUGGCUUGAGCUUCACGGUGACGUCGCGGAUCUACAUGGACGUGAAGCACAAUAAGAAGCCGGUGGGCAGAAUCACGUUCGGACUCUUUGGCAAGCUGGCUCCCAAAACGGUGGCCAACUUCCGGCACAUUUGCCUGCGCGGCAUCAAUGGCACCAGCUACGUGGGCUCGCGAUUCCAUCGCGUGGUGGACCGCUUCCUCGUCCAAGGCGGCGACAUCCUGAAUGGCGAUGGCACUGGCUCCAUCAGCAUCUACGGCGACUACUUCCCGGACGAGGACAAGGCCCUGGCGGUGGAGCACAAUAGACCCGGCUACUUGGGCAUGGCCAACCGCGGUCCGGACACCAAUGGCUGCCAGUUUUACGUGACCACCGUGGGCGCCAAGUGGCUGGACGGGAAGCACACCGUUUUCGGCAAGGUGCUGGAGGGAAUGGACACCAUCUAUGCUAUCGAGGAUGUGAAAACCGACACGGAUGACUUCCCAGUGGAACCGGUGGUGAUCUCCAACUGCGGCGAGAUACCCACGGAGCAGUUCGAGUUCUACCCGGACGACUUCAACAUCCUCGGAUGGAUCAAGGCGGCUGGUCUGCCGGUGACCAGCUCCUUCUGCGUCCUGCUCAUCUUCCACUACUUUUUCCGCCAGCUCAACAUGUACUGCUGAGGGACUUUAGAGUAUAAGCUUUAUUACUGCACAUAAGACUAAGUGGCCCCCAUCCACUCCAAAUGAAACCCACAAUAAAUGCAUACAAAAUUUAA